UGAAGCGCCAGGCUGUUGUGAGCAGCACCGCAGGCUGGCAGUGGAAGCGUCUUAUCAUUGCCUUUGGCCUGUUCACCUCAUGGCAGAAGAUUCCUUCCACAUGAAGAUCCCCAGCAACUCCAGGCUUAAAUGUACCUCCAGCUUAUAAUCUCAGAGAGAGAAAGAUCCCCACUCUGCCGUUAUUUGCAUUGAACUCCUCUCCAAAGAUCUCUGAUCGGCCCUAUUUGGGUUAUAUGACUCUUCCUGAGCCCAUCGCCGUCUCCAGGAGCUACACCUGCUAUGAGGAGGAUGUGCGGCCUCCUGCCUGACAGCUCUACACUGGAGGUAGAUGAAGAAACAGUGCUCCAGAGAAACUGAUGACUGUUCAGCGUGAAGCAGCCAGUAGUGUUUUACGGAGUUUUUGGAUCCAUUCCAGAGAGUCAUCCAGCCGGAGGAGAUCUGGCUCUAUAAAAAUCCUUUGGUGCAGUCAGACAACAUACCUACCCGCCUCAUGUUUGCAAUUUCUUUCCUCACACCUCUGGCUGUUAUUUGUGUGGUGAAAAUUAUCCGGCGAACAGACAAGACUGAAAUUAAGGAAGCCUUCCUAGCCGUGUCCUUGGCUCUUGCUUUGAAUGGAGUCUGCACAAACACUAUUAAAUUAAUAGUGGGAAGACCUCGCCCCGAUUUCUUUUACCGCUGCUUUCCAGAUGGAGUGAUGAACUCGGAAAUGCACUGCACAGGUGACCCCGAUCUGGUGUCCGAGGGCCGCAAAAGCUUCCCCAGCAUCCAUUCCUCCUUUGCCUUUUCAGGACUUGGCUUCACGACGUUUUACUUGGCUGGCAAGCUGCACUGCUUCACCGAGAGUGGGCGGGGGAAGAGCUGGCGGCUCUGUGCUGCCAUCCUGCCCCUGUACUGUGCCAUGAUGAUCGCCCUGUCCCGCAUGUGCGACUACAAGCAUCACUGGCAAGAUUCUUUUGUUGGUGGAGUCAUUGGCCUCAUUUUUGCCUACAUUUGCUACAGACAGCACUACCCGCCUCUGGCCAACACAGCUUGUCACAAACCCUACGUCAGUCUACGAGUCCCGCCGUCGCUGAAGAAAGAUGAGAGGCCCACGGCCGACAGCGCACCCAGCCUGCCCCCUGAGGGGAUCACCGAGGGCCCCGUAUGACUGGGACCUCGGAGGAGGGACGCUGAGCCCAGGCCAUGCUCCACCACCUAUCAUAACACAGUAGAAGAGGUUUUCUGUAGUGUGUUCCUCAUCAAUUGUUUCUCCAAGUUAUCCUUCUGCUUCCAUUUUGCCGACGGUGUUCCUGCUACUUUAAAUGUCUACUUUCAGCUCUCCUGAGUUUGCAAGGGAAGGACCCAGGAACAUUCUCUGAGAGACCUGUGGGUUUGGAAGGAGGCUGCAAGGGUGGGCGGGCGCAGCUUGGUCAAUUCCUGCAUCUGAAAUGUUUUCUAUCACAGCCACCGUCCUAUGAUUUCAUGGUUGUAAAGCAUAAUAAAAUGUCCCACCUGGAAGACGUGGCGUUGCCCGUUCAGUGCACAAGUCACUCGGGGCCGCAGUGAGUCUCACAUCCGCCGCCAGGGUGAGGAGGCAGCCCAACGCCAGCUCUGGCUGUGGUCAUUCUAGAUGCUGAGCCUGAGGGCAAAGGCUGAGAACUUUCAGAACAGUCAACCACAGCUUAUGUCUCUGAAAUGGAGUUGCAACUUGGAGAUACAGCCUUAGUAUCUCCAGGGCUUUUUGAAUCGUUGAAUCUAGAAGGAAAUGAGAUGAAUAAGCUCACACAUAGGCUUCCACCAAACACGAUGAAAAUAAAGAUUCCAAGUAUGGGGAGGGGGUCACUGCAGUUUUCUGAGGGCCCUGGCUGCCGUAUCCUUUCAAGGGAACGGCUGGGUGACGAUGGAGUAAGAAGCAGCCUCCAGGUAGGAGUUUCUCCCCUGUAGGAUCCCAGUGCUGGAAAGGUUCUUCAGGCGGUGGCGGCGCGUCCCCACUCCUCUCUGGCAGGUGGCGUUACAGCACGACGGCGCGGGCAGAAGGCGCCAGAGCAGUCAGCAACAUGCUGUCUCUUGCUCCGCUCUUCGAACUGUUGAAAAGCGGCCAGUCGAGAACCGUCUUUAGUCUGAGUACAGAGCCUGCCGCUCCUCGGCCAGCUGGUUCUCUUCAAAGCAGCGGGCGUCCCGCCGUUCAGUUCUGACCAGGCGCACCAAGUGGUUCUCCAGAUUCCCAGGCCUGCUGCUAUGGGAAGCGUUUCUGGUGUCUGAAGACUGUCACUUUCCAGCAGUCCAUGGAACAGACUGCAUUUGGAAAGACUCGAGUGGCUGUAGAAGUGGUCACCUGCAUAGCUCUGCCCUGGGUGUGCCACUUGGAACCAUCAGGAUGUCUUUGAUCAGCCACGUCCGCUGCGGGCUCAGCCUGGGAGUGUGUGAAGAUCUUAUCAAAUGAGCCCCAGUGCAGCCC